GGCGGAGAGGGGUCUUAGAUGGAUCAGGGCCUUGGGCGGAGAAGUUGCUGAGCGGCGGAGAGCGAGAGCGAGAGGGAUUUAGCGAGAGAGAGAGGGGGAGCGAUCUGGUUGCCUUAGGGUUUUUUUCUGAGGGAAUCGAAAAGGUCAGUGAGUGUGAAAACCCUAAUUUUCUUAUUAUUGUUCUUGUUCCUGUUGUUCUUUCAUUUGAGGAAAAUGGAGGCGAGUGUGAGAGAUAUAGAGAGAGUGUGGUGAGAACGCGAGUGCCGAGAGCGAAUUUUGAGUGUUUCUCUUACCGGAAACUUAGGGUUUCUCGCUCUGCUUCUUCAUUCCUUGUAUCCUCUUCUCGAUUACCAUGGAUAACAAGCUUGUGGUUUUGGGAAUCCCAUGGGAUGUGGAUACGGAUGGGUUGAGGGAUUAUAUGAGCAAAUUUGGAGAAUUGAAGGACGUUAUUGUGAUGAAGGAGCGAUCCACUGGCCGAUCUCGUGGUUUUGGAUAUGUAACUUUUGCAUCAGUUGAAGAUGCAAAGAAAGUAUUAUCAAGUGAGCAUUUUCUUGGAAACAGAAUGUUGGAAGUGAAAGUGGCAACACCUAAGGAGGAGAUGAUGCGAGCUCCCAUUAAGAAGGUCACCAGGAUAUUCGUGGCUAGGAUCCCGGACUCUGUGAAUGAGGCUGCCUUCCGAAGUUAUUUUGAGACAUAUGGUGAAAUAACGGAUUUGUACAUGCCAAAGGAUCAUGGAUCAAAAGGGCAUCGUGGAAUUGGGUUUAUCACAUUUGCAAGUGCAGAAUCUGUGGACAAUUUGAUGGUUGAAACUCAUGAACUGGGAGGGUCUACUGUAGUUGUUGAUCGAGCAACCCCCAAGGAGGAGGAGUUCAGGCCAGUAAGCAGAGUGCCUCAGGGUGGAUAUGGUGCAUACAAUGCUUAUAUCACUGCAGCAACUAGAUAUGCUGCACUAGGUGCUCCUACCUUGUAUGACCAUCCAGGCUCAGUUUAUGGAAGAGGGGAAUCUACUCGUGCAAUGGGCAAAAAGAUUUUUGUUGGAAGGCUUCCUCAGGAAGCAAGCGCUGAAGAUCUUCGUCAGUAUUUUGGUAGAUUUGGCCGUAUUUUGGAUGUUUAUGUUCCCAAGGAUCCUAAGAGAAGUGGCCAUAGGGGCUUUGGUUUUGUAACCUUUGCUGAAGAUGGUGUAGCUGAUCGUGUAUCUCGAAGGUCUCAUGAGAUUUGCGGACAGCAGGUUGCAAUUGAUUCGGCUACACCACUUGAUGAUGCUGGUAGCAGUGGAAAUUUCAUGAUGGAUAGUGCUGAACCAUUUGGUGGUUUUGGUGGUCCUAUGCGCACCUAUGGAAGGAUGUACGGAAGCCUGGAUUUUGAUGAUUGGGGUUAUGGCAUCGGUGGAGGGAGACCUUCAAGGGCAGAUUGGAGGUAUAGACCAUACUAGUGGAGUUGUGGCUUCAGAAAAACUUGGACUGAUCCAGAGAUGUUAUUUGGGUUUCAACAAAAUGUCAUGAGGCUUGUGGUUACUGAAUUUCUUAAAAUUAUCAGGACAAACAUUGAAUAUGGCUUUUUCAUCGAAUGAACUUAUGUUUCUGCGUUGACUCCUGACAUUCCUGGACAUAUUGUUUCUCAUUGAACAAUCAAACAUGUUAGGUUUCCAUUUGAUAACAUCCCUGGGAAGGUACAAGAUAAUCCCUGUUGACCUGCGACGGACAAUUGUUCUUUUUCAAUAGAAUAUGCUCUCUGAUGCAAUGACUAAUUUUAAUUUGGGAACA